GUUUACAUGCAGCGGCGGCGGCGGCGGCGGUGUGUUGAGCGGAUUACGGACGCGGGCUGAAACGAGAGACGGGCGAGAACAGGAGCGAGCCGACGGCACCGCGACAAGUCAGAAUGGGCGGGGCUGUGAGUGCCGGGGAGGACAACGACGAGUUGAUUGACAACCUGAAGGAGGCGUACUACAUCCGCUCAGACCUGGUAGAGCGUGCCUUCCGAGCCAUUGACCGGGCAGACUACUACCUAGAGGAAUACCGGGACAAUGCUUACAAGGACUUGGCAUGGCGACAUGGGAACAUCCACCUGUCAGCUCCAUGUAUCUACUCUGAGGUGAUGGAGGCCUUGGACCUCCACCCUGGCCUCUCCUUCCUCAACCUGGGCAGUGGAACAGGCUACCUCAGCACCAUGGUGGGACUUAUAUUGGGACCAUUUGGAGUUAACCACGGGGUGGAGCUGCAUGCAGAUGUGAUAGAGUAUGCCUACCAGAAACUCGAUUACUUCAUUAAAACCAGCGAAAGCUUUGACAAGUUUGAGUUCUGUGAGCCAUCCUUUGUGAUGGGCAACUGCCUGGAGAUCCCCCCCGAGAGCCGGCAGUAUGACAGGGUGUACUGUGGGGCCGGGGUGCAGAGAGAGCAUGAGGACUACAUGAAGAACCUGCUCAAGCUGGGGGGCAUUCUAGUGCUGCCCCUCGAGGAGAAGUUGACCAAGAUCACUCGUACUGGCCUGAACAGCUGGGAGACCAAAAAGAUCAUCUCUGUCUCCUUCGCUCCUCUGGUCCUGCCUAAACACUGUGCUAACGGCAAAGCCAAGACCGUACCUCUACCCAUGUAUGAGGUGCGGACGUUGCAGGAGCUGGCUCGCAUCUCCAUCCGGCACACCCUAAGGGUGACAGACAGCCAUGACAGUCAAUUGCGCAGUCGAGGUUCCUCAUUCAGCGUGGGGCGGGGUUUGGCAGUGGCCGGGCUCCACAAGUAUGGCCCCCGCUUCAAACGUCGGCGUGUCCACCGGCGCCACUGCAAUGCCCUGGUUUUGGCCACUCGACAGGUGGUGGCCAGCGGUGGUGGUGGUAGCGCCAGCCUCGCUCCUCUGGACAGCAACAACAACCAGGGGGGGAUAGCGGAGGACAACGAGGAGGAGGAGGAGGAAGGAGGGAGGCUGGGGCGGCGACAGAAGCGAGGUGGCAGGAGGGUGGGGAAAGGGGCGGGAGGUGUGAUGGAAGAGGAUGAGGAAGUGCUGGCAGUGGCGGAGGAGGGGGAGGAAGAGCAAGAGGAGGAAGAGGAGAGGGAGACGGGUGAGCUGCUUCGACCGGAGACAGCUGUGAAUACCCUGAGGGAGAGGAUCCUGGGCCUGCCGCUGCCCGAGCCUCUGAAGAUGUACUUGUUGUACUACCGCGAGAAAUGAGCCCGGCAGGUCUGGAGCUGGGUCUGGAGCCCUUAAAGGCGCAGAGCUAGGACCAGUAACCUAGCGGUGGCUGAAGCCUCCGUUAUUCCCACUUCCACCCAUAUGGGGGGGGGGCAACAGGUGUGCUUACCUUACUUACUUACCCCCCCAAAAUCACCCUAGACCCCUCCUGUCCCGUCAUGACCCUCCAUACACUGUUCGCCUCUCUCUAUAACCCGUCCUAAUCUACUCGGUUGCCCGCCCGCUCUCUUUCACCCUCUCUCUCUUUUAUCCUCUCUCCCACUGUUACUUCUUUCUUUUCCUGAUACAGCUAGUGAUUAAUACUAUUUCACCGGUGAUGAUGACGGGGGUGGGGGGAGGGCUUUACUGCUGUCUCUCUGUACAACGUGGAGAAAAGAAAAGGGCCGUUAGGUCAGAAAAAAAAACAAAAAGACGGAUGAUGUAACAGCCCAUGUCUCCUUCCCGUCACCACAAAUCUCUCUUAAAGUUAUAAAAUGCUGUGUUGGUGCAGAAUACAUACUCCUUAUCAAGUUGGUCAGUUUUCACUGCAGAGUUCUCUUUUGUGUUUUGACUUUGACGUACUUUACUAAUCUAGCAUAGCCUAACACUGUAACUAAGAGCACUUGGGUCCACAGAUCAUAACGUACAAAAGUCAUUCAGAAGGGUUGAGAGAGACCACCAUCAUUCGGGUCCGGGGUUUAGGCAGAGUUGAUGUUGCAGCCAGGACAUGGCCAUGUACAGAUAGAUAUACUUACUGUAGCGCUAAAAAGGGAGAGGGAACUUUCCCAGCGAGCUGGGGGAGUUAGGUUUGUUUUGUUUUUGGGAUGAACUAGAAGAAGGACCGCUCUUUUUUACACAUCGACUGUGAGCGCAGCCAUGAACCGCAGAAGAGGAUCUCAGGUUCCUGUGGAAAAGGACCUUUUGAAAAAGAUUUGGACCACUGUGUGGCUUGUCCCAUGUUGGUUAGUGGCAGAAGGGGUGUGUUUUUUUGUUUUUAUUUGAAAGGAAUGAGGUUUUUCAAAAAGGAAUGAUAAGAGUACAGUUCUGCCCAAAGCUGGACCUUAUGUAUAAGGUCAAGUGCUAACACUGCUGAUGCCCUAAAAAACACCCUCCCUACAGCGCCUUGCAAAAGUAUUCAACCCCCUUGA